UGACGUUCGCGGGCGAAUGGCAUUGCAAUUUAUUUUCUGUAUUCAGUUUCAGCUUUGUCACAUAAAAACUGCAAAAAUACGCCCACAAUGCAGCAGAUUAGCUAGGCAGCUGUGACGGAAGAAGAAGUACAAUCAGAACUCAAGAAAAGACACCAGCGAAAUGUCGCAGGCCGCAUCCACAACGCAGAGUGCAGCCGCUGCACCGGUGGGCGGCAGCAGACGCCCUAAUGAAGUGGGCGGCGUGGGCGUCAUUGGGACCACCAUGUCGGCCAGAUAUGGAGAAACGGAAUGGGAGGCAAGAGAGUCUCAAAGGCAAAGAGAACUGCAUGAAGCUCGAGCCAGGGCGGCGCAAAUGGAGAAGACCAUGAAAUGGUGGUCCGAUUGCACUGCCAACUGGCGAGAGAAGUGGAGUAAGGUCCGCAACGAGCGGAACAAAGCCAGAGAGGAGUCGAAGCAGUUAAGCCUCAAACUGGACGGCGCUAUGAAGGAGGCCCACUCCCUGAAGCGGGAGAAGAACGAUCUCGAGCUGCAGAUCACGCAGCUGAAGAAGGAGAUGGAAAAGGUGCACUCGCUGAUGAUGAAGCAUGCUGGCCAGUUCCAUCGCGCCGACACCAGCGAGGAUGCGGAGGCCAACGGACGGGAUGCCAACUGCUCGCCGGACAUCUCUUCGGAUGGAUUGAAGAACGUUAACAGCGAGGAUGGCCUGGUGACUAAAUUACCCAACGACGUCAAGGAUCUGGACAUCGAGGAGUUUGCCCUGAAAGGAGCCAUGCCGAAGCAUCUGACCGAGUUAGAUGAAGCGGCGGCUGCCGAGGAGAAGCGUUUAAUCCAGCAGCUGUCGAAGGAUGACUUUGACGAGGACUACUUGAUGCAGAAAAUAUCCAUGCUGCAGUUGCGCUUGGACGAGGCACAGAAAACCCUACAAGCAGAAAGAGAUGAGAAGCUGGAGCUGCACAAGAGCAUCGAAAAGUUGACACUGGAGAUUCAGGAUGUGCGUGGGCGCCAGGAGGAGAUGCGCUCGGCCAAACAGGAGGCAGUGCGCGAACUACUUACUCUUCAAGAGCAACAUCGUGCUGAGAUGCGUAUCGUUAACAACUCGCUGCAGGAGGAGAUUGCCGCUCGUGAGAAUCUCGAGCGUCGCCUUACUGAACUUCGCACUGAGUUGGAACACCUUCAGGCGGAGAACGCCUCCGAAUGGGGCAAGCGUGAGCGGCUCGAGUCGGAGAAGUUGGCCAUGGAGCGGGACAACAAGAAAUUGCGCGCAGAACUGCGGGACUACCAAGAACGAUCCGACCGCAAGUGCCGACCCAUGCAGGCUAACGACGUGGAGGUGCGAGCACUGCAGCAGGAGCUCUCCGAGCGCAACAAGGAGAUCAGCGAGGUGAAGAUGUCGCACGCCAAGCUGAAGAAGCUGCUGGCCGAAACGAACACGGAGUUGGGACACGCCGUGCGCCGAGCGGAGCAGUACGAAGCGGAGGUUAAGCGGCUUCGACAGCGAGUGGAGGAGUUAAAGCGGGAGCUAGCUGGCGCCGAGGACGAACUGGAUUCGGCCGUGAACCAAGUGCGCCGAUUGCAGCGCUCCAAUGAUGAACUCGUGGGUCAGACGGAGGGCCUCCAGGUGCAGAUACAGCACCUUCAGAACAGACGAGCCCCGAGUCCGCAGAUGCGGGCAAUGGGCGGGGUGCAGCUGAGGAACAAGAUCGCCGUGGAGCUGCCCAACGAUUGUCUGCCGAACAUCAACGAUCUGCGCCAGAUCUUCGAUGACUCGCAGGCGUGCUUGAGGAGCUCCCACAACGGCAGCGAUGCAGCUGUCCAUCACGCGGCUUCUGUCAAGAGAUCUAGUCACACGGAGCGCACGCUCCUGCAGCAGCAGCAGAGCAGUGCUGCGGCAUCUGCAGCAGCGGCGGCAGCAGCAGCAGCUGCCUUCUACGAUGCCAAGCCCACGCAUCUCGAGGAGAACAUAUUCGAGUCCAAGUCGAGGAACUUGGAGUUCGAGCGGGCCAAGCAGAAGUUCGACAACCCACACGGCCAGCACCAUCAUCACCACCAGAGGCAGCGCUCCGGAAACGGACGGUACGGGAGCGCAGGAAGCAGUGCCAGUCGGGCGAAUCUCGCCCUGCCGUUGAAGGGAACCACCAACGGAGGCAGCAGCUCCACUUCCAGCAAGGACGAGCUCAACCGACAGCUGUAUGAGAAGGAGCAAUCGGCAGGCGCAGGCUAUGCCAGGAACAGCAUUAAUCUAGAUGGUCUUAAAGUGUCCGACGAUGAGACUCCGUAGCUAUGGUUCGACAAGCUUGCUUCUGGACGAUGAGACCGAGGGUAACAGCGAUUAAGAUAAAAACCAAGACAUUCGAGGGACAGCGAUGGUAUUAAUCAUUUAGUAUUAACUUUAAUGUUGGUGGAGCCUCAGUCCCAAAUGUUACUCACGUUCCUAGUUUAUAUUUGGGACUCUUACCGACUCUUUCCUUAGUUAUUGCAUAAGUAAGUAAAAAGGAAAGCAAAUUUAUAAUACGUAAUUCGAAGUUUUUAAACAACGUAUUAAACAUUUUUUUUUACAAAUACUUAUGUGUAAGCUAAGAUAUGUUUUGUCGACUAAUUCCCAUCAUCAGAUCAUUAGUAAGUUAUGUUUAUAGUCACACUAUAACUUUUUAUCUUCAAUAUUAUUCCAUACAUUUUAAGGAUAACUUCUUAAGCUGCUCUUGCUGGCCAUAUUUCUAUGAGCUUAACUCGCAAACAUACGGUUGUAAGGAUCAGACAUCCUUUGCACGCCAUCAUCCCCAUCAUAAAACCUUGCCUUGAUAAAAAAGAAACAGACUUUAUAACAAAUAUACCGACAUAUAUACGUAUUGAAUCAUAAUACAGGUUACAUUUUUCAGAAUACAUAUUUAGUGCCAGAAAUCUAACGAAAUUUCUCGAGAUUUGCCAGAGCAUGAUCAAUUUGCUGCUACUAAUCCUUAUUAAUUUACUUUUAGAGAUUCUAGCGGUUGCCUAGUCCGAAACUCUUUUAUUUUUCAAAAGUUUAUCGAUUUUCAGCGGCAUAGUGGAUCUUAUACAAAAUUAAUAUAUAUAUAUUAAAGGAUUGAACUUCGAAAUAUUUACCUUAAAUAUAUAGCAAUACUAGUACUUUAGUUAUUGACUAACGACAAUUUAUUAUUAACUAUUAAAAGUAUAUAAAAUACAAAUGAUAUGCCAAUAAAGGUAGCAUGUUACAAGAUAAACAACCACCAA